AUGGCUAAAACUAAGAAUAAAAAAGUGUCUUCUGAUCAAAUUCACAAGAAAAAGGAACAGUUACAUUUAAAAAAAUCCAUGAACCCAUUCGAAGUUCACAUCAAUAAGGAGAAAUUAAAAGUUAUUGGUAAGAAACAGAAAAAUGACAGAGGCCUACCUGGAGUCUCGCGAGCCAAAGCGCUGGAAAAAAGAAAACACACACUUCUCAAGGAAUAUAAAGUGCAGGAUAAGUCCAACAAAUUCACUGACAAAAGAAUUGGAGAGAGAAAUCACAAAUUGACCAGUGAGGAUAAGGUAAUGGCUCGUUUCACUGCCGUUCGUGUUAAAGCACACAACAAGAAGAGUAAAUUCAACCUUGCUGAUGAUGUAGUUCUUACCCACAGAGGACAGACUCUGAGUGAAAUUGAAAAAUUUGAUGACCCCAGAUCUGAUGAAGAUAGCUUGGAUGAAGAUGAAUCUGGAAAACUCGAUAGGGAUUUUGUGAAAGAGGCACAUUUCGGAGGUGGCAUGUUGAAAAAAACAGGAGUAGAAGGGGCAAAAAGUCACAAAGAUCUCAUUGAUCAGCUCAUAGCAGAAUCCAAAAAACGUAAAGCUGAAAAACAGAAAACCAAAGAAGCCACUUUAGAACUAACUGAAAAACUAGAUUCUGAAUGGAAAGAUCUCAUACCUCUCGUAAACCAAAAAUCAAAAAACGAUCCAGACGAUGUGGAAAAGCCACAAUUAGAUGAUUAUGACAAAGUCAUGAGAGAGCUAAAAUUUGAAGCCAGAGGUACUGUAUCUGACAGACUCAAAACAGAAGAUGAGGUAGCUAAAGAAGAAAAAGCAAGAUUGGAGAAGCUAGAAAAUGACAGAUUAGAAAGAAUGCAAGGUUACAUUGACGCGAAAAAUCCCAAACAGACGCACAGAAGUGCAGACGAUUUAGAUGACGAUUUCAUUCACGACGACGAUCCCGAGCCAGAUUACACUCUCAGUUAUGACAAUGAAGGAAAGUCCACUUUGCAAAUAGAGGCUAGUGUCAAUGGCAAACCCUUAACGGAAGCAGAAUCUUCGGCAGAUGAAGAUAACAGCAUUGAUGAAGAAUCAGAAGCAGACUCUGAGGAUAAUUUGUCCGAUCUGAAAGCAGAUUCUAGUGAUAGUGAGUCUGAAGAGGAAUCAAAGAUUGAGGAUAAUAAAACUGAAGAAAGUCCUGUAGAUCUCAUUGGGGAGACAAAGGAAGAUCUACAAAUGGAAAUAAAAAAUGAUUUGCUGCAGAGAAAAGAGAUAAUGGAAAAGGCAAGACAAGAGCUUCCUUUCACAUUCCAUUUGCCUGAUUCCUAUGAAACACUUCUCAAAGAACUUGAGAGCCAGUCAUGCAGUCAUCAAUGUGUGAUAAUUGAAAGAAUGAUCAAAUGUAACCAUCCCAGUUUGGCAGAGAGUAACAAGGAAAAUCUAGGUCUGCUCUUCGCCUACCUGUUGCAGUAUUUUAACGAUCUAUUUACCGAUUCUUCCAAAGUGGAAACUAUACAAGAUAGUUUUGACAUUUUCAAAGCUCUCGUGCCUCAGAUUUACCAACUAGCACAGCUCAAUCCCGAAAACGCACAUAAUUCCGUUUUGGAAGUGAUCAAGGAAAAACACGAGGACUACAGAAAAAAACCUGGGAUUUAUCCAGGGUUGGAAGUGUUGGUUUUUCUGAAAUUGGUCAGCAUUCUGUUUCCUACGUCUGAUUUUCGUCAUCAAAUUGUCACGCCUUGUUUUGUUUUCAUGGAGCAAAUGCUCAACAAGUGUAGAGUCAGAAAUAGAAGAGACAUUUCCUAUGGACUGUUCCUCUGCACUUUGGUUCUUGAGUACACUACAAUAUCCCAGAGGUAUCUACCGGGUGUUAUAAAUUUUCUAGCUGGCCUCCUUCACAUGGCUAUACCUAAAACUGGUGUAAAAUUGGUGAAAGUGCCGCCACCUUUCAAGUCUACCUCGACUUUAUUGGUCCUUUUAGAAAAUCUCAGUCUGAGCUUUUCAGAUUCCUCUGAGAAAUGCUUCCAAAUGAAAAAUACCGACUUGCUCUCUACGGAAAUCGACGAGGAAUUCAAAGUGAGGGCUUUGCACACGGCAAUCGGGUUGUCGGAAGAAUUCUAUCGGCAUUUUGAAAAACUUCCCAGCAACGUGGAAAUAUUUUCACCGAUCCAGAAAUAUUUGGAGCUCGUACCCGCUUUAAAUUAUCCCAGAAAAGUGGCGAAUGGGAUGGAAAACUUGUCCAACUGUUUGAACAAGACGAAAUCCGAAAGAAUUUUGAAUUAUAUCGUGAUGGAAGCUACGAGGCCAAAGGCUUUAAGGCUAUACGAACCUAAAAUUGAACCAGUUUAUGAUGGAAAACGGUUCAAAGUGCAAUCAAGGGAAAAACGCGAGCAAAGUAAAUUGUUGCAUAAGCUCAAAUCGGAAAAGAAGGGGGCUUUGAGGGAAAUCAGGAGGGAUAAAGCCUUCCUAGGAAGGGUCAAGAUAAACCAGCGGAUACAGAGUGAUAAGGAGAGGAUUGAGAAAGUUAAGAGAAUUUAUGCAGAAGCAUCAAUGCAACAAAGUGAACUCAAUGAGUUGGAUAGAAAGAAGAAACGAAAAAAGUGA